CUUACACAGGGAUGUGUACGUGCCGCAUCAGAGCUUAUAACAAAUAUGAAUGAAAAUGUUUCACCAUGUGAUGAUUUUUAUCAAUUUGCUUGUGGUGGUUGGAUCAAGAAUCAAGUCAUACCGGAUGAUCGUACCACUGUAUCAGUAUUUUCAUUAUUACAAGAUGAACUUAAUCAUAAAUUACGAGUGUUGGUUGAAUCAAAAGGAACACCGGAAGAACCGGAAUUUUUUGAUUCAAUGCGUAAUAUGUAUCGUAGCUGUUUGAAUUUGACUGCCAUUGAAAAAGCUGGUGACACUCCAUUACAUUUAGCAUUGAAACGUUUUGGUGGAUGGCCAGUUGUUGUUGGCCAGAAUUGGAAUGGAUCAAAUUUCAAUUGGAUCGAUAUAUUGAUUAAAUUCCGUGAACUUGGUUUUUCACAUGAUAUUCUUAUCGAUCUAUCGGUUACACCGGAUUUUCGUAAUAAUACUCGCCAUAUAAUUGAUCUGGAUCAAACAUCAUUAGGAAUGCCUGAUCGUAAUUAUUAUAAUAAUGGCCUAAAUGAUUCAUCUGUAGCAGCCUAUUAUAAAUUAAUGGUCGAUAGUGCCGUAUUUUUAGGCGCCAAUCGUACGAUAGCUGAAAAAGAAAUGCUUGAUGCAUUACAAUUUGAAACAACAUUGGCUGCUUAUUGUCUUCCACGUGAAGAACGUCGUAAUAUGAGUUCAUUAUAUAAUAAAAUGAAUAUUCAUCAAAUACGACAAUUGGCACCGAAUAUACAUUGGGAAAAAUAUUUCGAUUCAUUAUUGGGUAUAAAGAUUACCGAUCAAGAUGAAGUUAUUGUAAAUGUACCGAAAUUCUUAACACAAUUAGAUGAUUUAUUACAAAGAACUGAUAAAAAGCUUUUAGCUAAUUACAUGAUGUGGCGUGUAGCAUUACAAUCGCUACCAAUGUUGGGCAAAAGAUGGCGUGAAUUGUUACAAGAAUUUAAUACAGUUGUAACGGGACAAGCAAGAGAAGAACCUCGUUGGGAACAAUGUAUAUCAUCAUUGACCAAUUCAUUGGGAAUCUCAUUAUCAUCACUUUAUGUAAGACAUCAUUUCAAAGGAAAUUCUAAAGAACGUGCUCUUGAAAUGGUUGACUAUAUACAUCGAGAAUUUAUGAAAAUUUUGGAUCGUGUCGAAUGGAUGGAUGAUCAAACUAGACAACGUGCACGUGAUAAAGCAUUGGCCAUUCGACCUUAUAUUGGAUAUCCAAAUGAAUUAUUGAAUAAUACAGAGAUUGAAUCAUUCUAUAAAGGGCUCAAAUUUGUAAAAGAUGAUUAUUUUAGCAAUGUACAAACUUUACGUAAAUGGUCAACAGAUUUGGCAUUUGGAUAUCUACGAAAAUUGAACAAAAAGGGAGACUGGCGUAAACAUGGAAAAUCUGCAGUUGUCAACGCAUACUAUAAUAUAAUCGAGAAUAGUAUUGAAUUUCCUGCCGGAAUUUUACAGGGCGCAUUCUUUUCCAGUGAUCGACCAAACUAUCUGAAUUUUGGUGCGAUUGGUUUUGUCAUUGGCCAUGAAAUUACACACGGUUUUGAUGAUAAAGGUCGACAAUUUGACAAGAAUGGCAAUAAUGUGAAUUGGUGGGAACCGGAAACGGAUAAAAGUUUCAAAGAAAGAACGAAAUGUAUUAUAGAACAAUAUGGUAAUUAUACGGUUCCGGAGAAUGGUUUGAAGGUAAAUGGCGUCAAUACACAAGGUGAAAAUAUUGCCGAUAAUGGUGGCAUUAAAGAAGCUUUCCGUGCAUAUCAAGAAUAUGUUAAAGAUAAUGGUGAAGAACCAUCAUUACCUGGAUUGAAAUAUACACCUAAACAAUUAUUUUGGAUAUCGGCUGCAAAUAUUUGGUGUGGAAAAUAUCGUCCAGAAGUAUUAAGACUUCGUUUACAGGCUGGUUCACAUAGUCCAGCACAAUUUCGUGUCAUUGGUACUGUAUCGAAUUUGGAAGAAUUUGGCGAAACAUUUGGUUGUCCACCAGGUUCACCAAUGCGUCCAGCGAAAAAAUGUUCCGUUUGGUAAUAUACCAUAACUACUAUUAGAAAUGGAGCUGGCGAAAAUAGAUAUUCUCAUGAAACAAUUGACUAAAUCAAUUUUUCUUUGAAAUAUUCAUUUCUAUAAAUUUUCAAUCCAUUAACCACACACACCCACACACAAGACA